GUGGGGAGAAACAGAGUAAUCAGAGGAGAGAGAAACAGGGGAGUCGAAAGAGAGAUUGUGGGUUGUGGGUGGAAGGAAUUGAAGAAGACUUAAACAUCAAGACAGCUAGCAAUGAAGGAAUAGCCUCACCUACCGUCACUCUUUCAUCUCCCUCCCUCCCUCCCUUUUAAUGGUUUCUCUCUCUCCCUUCUCUCCUUUCAAUCUCCACCUCUCUCUCUCUCUCUCUCUCUCUCUCUGUUCUGGGUUUCAUAUUUCACUAGUCUGUAAUGGUGGUCUAGUGUAGGGUUUAAGAACAGAGUGGGACUCUUAGGGUUUUGUCUUUUGGUGGGUUUGGUCCAUUUUGUACUGAUUUGUGUCUCGAAGUUAUCGCCAAGAUAGAAUUUUCAAGUUUCUCUCUCUGCAUCGGUUACUAGGAAUUUCAGGCGGGAAUCUUUUAGGGUUUAAGCUCUCUCAGGUUAUUAGACUAUUGUUAACUUUGAGUUCUAAAGGGUUGUUCUAUCUCUGAAGCUCUAUCUGCAUUCGAGUUUUCUGUUGUCUUUGCACAAAACAUCAAGGAAAGUUAAAGCUAAGAAAAUAAAAGAAAAGAAAAUGAUGGGGUCUGAUUACAUAGAUGAGAUAGACUGUGGUAGCUUCUUUGAUCAAAUUGAUGACAUAAUUGAAUUCCCCACCGACAACGAAUGCGGCCUCGGCUCCGGUGGCUGCGCUGAUUUCCCGAGCAUUUGGUCGAACCCUGCCGAUGCCUUGCCGGGUUCCGGCCAAAUUUUCUCAGGCAACAACAGCAGCAACGCCGCUUCUGUCCUCGCCGCCGAACUCUCCGUUCCGUACGAGGACAUUGUGCAGCUCGAAUGGCUUUCGAACUUUGUGGAGGAUUCCUUCUCUGGUGGAGGCAUGACCCUUGACAAAGAAAACGCUUUCAUCAAGAAGGAGACGGCAUCUCACAAUCAGUUCCAAACUUCAAGUCCCGUUUCAGUUCUUGAGAGUAGCAGCAGCAGCAGUUCCUGCUCAGGCGGUAAGUCUAUGUCACUAAGCCCGACUCAACGUGGUCCUCAACGCGCUCGUAGCAAGCGCCCUCGCCCUGCAACCUUCAAUCCCCGUCCAGCAAUUCAACUCAUCUCCCCAACCUCUUCCAUCACCGAGAACCCCCAAUCAUUCCCCGUUCCGGUAGCUGCCUCAGAAUUGGAGAAUUUUGCGGAGUCCCAUCCUAUAAAAAAGAUACCAAAGGCAUCCGGGGCAGAACACAAGAAAAAGAAAAUAAAAUUGUCGCUUCCUUUGGGUCCCGUGGAGAUGAAUCAAAACCCACCAUCGCAUGUUAGGAAAUGCAUGCAUUGUGAGAUAACCAAGACGCCACAGUGGAGGGCAGGCCCAAUGGGCCCAAAAACCCUAUGCAAUGCCUGCGGUGUCCGUUAUAAGUCGGGCCGACUCUUCCCUGAGUAUCGGCCCGCAGCAAGCCCAACCUUCGUUCCGUCAUUGCAUUCCAACUCUCACAAGAAGGUCCUUGAGAUGAGAAACAAUGGCUGCGAUAAAACUUCCGAUGUAAUGACCACCGCUCAGGCAGAACUCGUUCCAAACACCAACCCGUCACUGGAUUACGUUUGAGGAACGAUGUUACUAGUUGGAAUAUCGAUCUCAUUGCUGCCUUGCUCUCCUUUGUCACUCUCAUGUUGUCUCUCUUUUACUGUUUUUUUGAAUUUCUUUGUUCAUUUGUUUGUUCUUUGUACAGAGAUGUUAUGGGUGGGGGGAUAGAGGAAGUAAUAGAUGACCAUAUUUUAGUUAUUAGUAGACAAAAUGAAUGAAAUGAGAGCAAUGAGAAAGGGAGGGUAGGGAUUAAAUGGACGUUUAGGUCUAGUGUUUAAGUUUAGUGAUAUGCUUAGGUCUUUAAGAAGAUUAAUAGGUGUUUGGUUCGGGUCGUGUUGGCGUUGCUUUCAUCAUGUUUUUGGGUUUUUUUUUGUUUCCCAGUUUUGGGAAUUCUUUUUGCAGUUAAAUCUGUUGGUAGGAAAAUUCUGAGAUGAGUAAUGGGUUUGAAUUCAUGUUUAUGCUUCUAAAUUACUUCUUAUGCUCGUUUUCUUUUGCAUUCUUGAAUUCCUUGGAGCUUUCAAAUUUUCCCUUGUAUGCAGAUAUUUUAUAUUUUUAUUUUUUUAAAGAUUUGAUCUGGCUUAA